UCAAUACAUACAGAGCCAUGCGUAGAGCGGUGAACUCUUGCAUACUUUCGUAAAUGGAGUAUACAUAUUAUCGGACUGUUGAUUGUAACAGCCGGUAGCACGCGCGAGAGAGAGCGAGAGCCGCACAGCAUACUUAGAAGCCUAUCGCACAACAGAAGAAAUCAAUCUAAUAUGAAUAGACAGGAUACCUAAUGUUCAUCGAAACUUCUGACAAAUGGCAACUUCUUGAUUUGACUGGAAAGUGUAUGUGAGCGAGAUUGAACUAUUAAGAGGGAGCAGUAUGGUGUGGCUAUACGUAUCGGGGUGCUGUCUGUUGGCCUUUUUCGUGCCUACCUGGUGUAGUGACGAUGCCAAAAGGCUAUACCACGAUCUACUGGUGGAAAGACACUAUAACAAACUCAUCAGACCGGUCAGUAACAGUUCGGACAAACUUGUGGUCAAGAUGGGCAUACGACUCUCCCAGCUGAUAGACGUGGACGAGAAAAACCAAAUUAUGACUACAAACGUCUGGCUUCGUCAGGAAUGGUAUGACUACAAAUUGAGCUGGCAGAAGGCAGAGUAUGGAGGGGUGGACCGACUCUACGUCCCCUCAAAACAAAUAUGGCUACCGGACAUCGUACUUUACAAUAAUGCUGACGGCCACUACGAAGUGACCUUGAUGACAAAGGCCACAUUACACCCAAACGGUAAAGUUGUUUGGGAGCCUCCUGCAAUCUACAAGUCGUCGUGUCAGAUAGACGUGGAGUUCUUCCCCUUUGAUAUCCAGCAGUGCAGCAUGAAGUUCGGGUCGUGGACGUACGACGGCGAUCAGGUCGACAUCAUCCACAUGUGCUCAGACGAAGCCAUGGACCGGAAGUUGAUUGCAGAGGGUAUUGACCUGCGAGAUUUCUACCCGAGCGUAGAAUGGGACAUCCUUGAAGGGACCGCCCGGAAGAACGUCCGCCAUUAUCCCUGCUGUCCCGAGCCGUAUCCAGAUAUCACAUUUAACAUCACAAUGAGGCGGAAGACUCUGUUCCACACAGUCAACCUUAUCAUCCCAUGUGUCUCAAUCUCAUUCCUAACUGUCCUAGUGUUCUAUUUACCCUCAGACAGCGGAGAGAAAAUUACUCUGUGUAUCUCCAUUUUGCUCUCGCUUACUGUAUUUUUCCUGCUGUUGGCGGAGAUAAUUCCGCCUACCUCCAUAGUGGUGCCCCUGAUCGGCAAAUACCUCCUCUUCACCAUGAUCCUGGUUACCUUGUCCAUCCUUGUCACCGUCAUAGUCCUCAACGUUCACUUCCGGUCUCCCUCCACACACACCAUGUCGCCAUGGGUGCGAAGGGUGUUCCUCAACAUACUUCCACGACUGUUGAUCAUGCGUAGACCUACCACUGACCGGGAGGGAACGCAGUCACGUGUUACUGUAAGAACUUGGAACGGGGUGGAAAUACGAAAUUCCUACCCAGAUCAUAUAUGUAACACGAUAGACGGGGAGGACAUACGGUUCAUCCGCCAUGGACUAGAGGAACUAGUUGCUGCAGCGGAGACAGAUUCCUGCCAUAGGAGAAAACCGGUCCCGUUGGAGAUACAAAACGCUGUGGAUAGCGUUUUCUUCAUUGCUGAGCAUUUAAAGUCAGAGGACCAGGAAAAUUCAAUAAAAGAGGACUGGAAGUACGUUGCUAUGGUGCUGGACCGCUUGUUCCUGUGGAUCUUCACCACCGCCUGUGUAGUGGGAACUUUCGGGAUCAUUCUACAGGCGCCCACAAUUUACGACGCCAGAAUGCCUCUGACGCCCCAAGACACGUGCUUCCUGCCGUCUUAGUGAUGACGUCAUGUCUUGUGAUUGCGUCAUCGUGUGACGGUUCCAUAUCUGUGAUAGUGACGUUGAUAUGAUUGUGGACAUGUGUGGACGUGUGUGUCCUACUAGGGUUAUGCAAGGCCGUAUAGUGACUGUUGGGACAUGUUCGUGGUGAAAACGUGACAGAUUGUAUGUACACCGAUUGCCCUAGAGAUAGUAUAAAUGUUGCAGAUGUUACGAGUUUAGUGUUUAUUUAUUAGCUUUCAUAGUUUAUUUCUGUAAUAUCGUAGUAAACUAUUUGUAAACAAGAGUCAACCAAAUUGUGGUUUAAUGGCUUGAAAUACUUUUAAGACAAAAAAAAAUUGUUCCAUUUAUGCAUAAUGACCACAAGAUGGACAAUGUGUAUAAACGCCUACGUGGUAUCGUUUUAAGUAUUUAUAAUAUCCUUUUAGCAGUUAGUUAAAUAUUAUUUAAUAAAUAGAGACAAAAUUCUUAAAAAGUCAAUUAUUACGUCUUAGGUAAAUACAUAUCAUUUAUCGCCACUUGAUUUAUUGGUAGGACAAAUAAAUCUGACUCAUCAUGCCGCCGGAAUUAUGAGUCCGGAUCGUGUUACGUUUCAUAGUCUCCCUGAUUAGGUAGCUGUUUCCGCAAACGAGACAUUUUUGUUUUAUUAUUAAAAAAGAAUCUGGGAGAUUGUGAAGUAAUUCUAAUAUAUAAAUCUCAUCUAUACUUUUUGCUUAAUUUUGAAAUGUGCUGCGCAAGUAAAUAUUUUAUAUCACAUAAAAAGUGCCCUAUAACAUUUUCCUGUCCGUUUAAUAUUUUGAAUAGACACUUAGGGCGGUGUGACAUUUGUUGAUUAAUAAAACUUUGAUGUAAAAAUUUCAAACAUUUCUAAAAAUACAUUUUAAACAAUCCCAGACAGUUAAUAAGAACUUUAUUACGAUGUGAGUCGGGACAUUUUGUAGUCUACACAAAGGCCAUAGUCUUGUGAACAUUUACAGGAAGAGGUACUUUACAGCCAUUGACGAUGAGGAACAGUAAUAUGUCUGGUUUAGAAUUCAGGAACUGGUACAUGUUCUUUACAAUAUCUGGUUUAGCCUACAGAAACUGGUACUUUACAGCCUUGACAGGAACAGUGUACGUGUCGUUUAGUUUAUGUUUCAUAUCUCUUAUUGUUGUUGUUGUUGUUGUUAAUUUGUUCUUAUUUACAUUGGAAAUCUAAAUAGUUAACAAACA